UGACGUCACCGAAACUGCAACCAGCGUUGUCUUCCGGUGAGGGAAAUUCACGUGGAAGUCCGGCGUGAGAGCGACUCGUGUUGGCAGAAACACGGGGAAAAAGGAGAUAAAAUGGCUCAACUAGGUGGAGUAAUAAAACCCAAAACGAAGCGGUCCAAGCGCUUCCUGGAGAGCAGAGCCCCCAAGCUGACAGAGGAUGUGAAGAGCGCCAUGAUCAUGAAAGGCGGCAAUACCAGCCAAACCAUCACCCAGGCCCUCAAGGACAUCUAUUCACUGAAGAAGCCCAAUGCCGUGCUGUACAAGAAGAAGAACAUAACGCGUCCGUUUGAGGAUUCCACAUCGCUGGAAUUUUUUUCCAAGAAGACAGACUGCUCUCUGUUCCUGUUUGGCUCGCACAACAAGAAGCGGCCCAACAAUCUCAUAUUUGGUCGUAUGUUUGACUUCCAUGUGCUCGAUAUGAUUGAACUGGGCAUCGAGAAGUUCACCUCACUCAGCGACAUAAAGGUCAGCAAAUGUCCUGAGGGAACCAAACCGAUGCUGGUGUUUGCAGGCGAGGCUUUCGACACAGAUAAUGAGUACAAACGUCUAAAGAGCGUCCUCAUAGACUUCUUCAGAGGUCCCACAGUGUCUGCGGUGCGUCUGGCUGGUUUGGAGCACGUUAUACACUUUACUGCACUGGAUGGGAAAAUCUUCAUGCGGAGCUACAGGUGUCUGUUGAAGAAGUCCGGCUGCCGGACACCACGGAUAGAGCUGGAGGAGAUCGGGCCGUCCUUUGACUUUGUGCUGCGGAGAACACAUCUGGCGUCAGACGACCUUUACAAGACAGCUCACAGACAGCCCAAGGCUUUGAAGCCCAAGAAGAAGAAGAACAUUUCCCAUGAUGUCUUUGGUACCAAGUUUGGCCGGGUGCAUAUGCAGAAGCAGGAUCUGUCCAAGUUGCACACGCGAAAGAUGAAGGGCCUGAGGAAGAGGAGGGGAGAGGUGGUCGCUGAAGAGGAGGGACAGGCACCCAAACUGGCCAAAGUAGAGAGCUGAUGUCCCACUGGGAGAACUGGACUCUGCUCGUGAGCGUUCGUACCCUCGUCACUGGAUCAGUCACCUCUUUGGAAGACAGACCGUGUGCUAAUCAUGCAGCCAUUUCACUGUAAACAACUGGACAUAUGAAUCGCCACCAGGCAAACACGAUGCAUCGUCCUUUUUACUUUGCUAUUUUUGGUUUUCUUUCAUGUGACGUCGAGUUUGUUCUUUGUCUUUAACAUACAGAACAUGUCUCUCAGUUCUGGUGAAAGCCACGUGGUCUUCGGACAGCUUUGGUCACCAUAGCUGUUACCCAAAGGCCAGUCAGAAAUGUUUCGAAUUUCAGCUUAUUUCUGCAUUUUCCAUGACAUAAAGAGUUUACAAACUCAAAACAAAAAUCAGUUCCGGUUAAUUGGAAAUGCAGAUGAAUUUGUGCAUUGUGCAGUGUGUUAGAAACAGCACUAAUGUAACAGAAAUAAAUUUGUCUCCUGGAUUAUUUAAGGUUGUUGUGAGCUUAUAUUUCUUGGAAGCAUAACUUCACCCUGAUUUACCUUGAGGCUAAUGGCUAUGGGUUUUGUUUAACAUUAAACAAAACUUUGUUGUUUCGGAUCUUUCUGCCAGUGGUAUCAAUGCUGGAGUUCCAUUCCUUCACAUUUCUAGUUUCACCAGAUAGUGAGGCUGCUUUCCAUGUCAUUUGAGUAAGAUACAAAUUCUGUUUUACAUGAGUAUAUAUGUCUGCACCGUGGAUUAAAGUAUUCAUAUAAAGCC